AUGGAUAGAUCCAGAGGGCAGGGAAGGGCAUUGCCCGCUGAAGACAAAAGGAAGGUUUCAGGUCCAGCUGGGACCCGGAAUGAUAGAUCGCUGCCUAUGGGUGUUGGUAAUGCAAGACGUGAUCGUCAUGGACGGAUGGCAGAUCAGCAAACGAGACAUACAGACAGAAGGAACGGAGGGGACAGAUAUCGAACUCACAGCAAGCAAUUCUUCACAAAAGGUCGGGCAUUCAGCACAGCGUUUGAAGAUGAAGAUGGAAUAUCGAGUCAGCAUUUUCUGGUCAUAAGGGAAGCCCAGGAAGGUCCGGACGAUAUUGGAACUCAUUGUACAUGCCUCUUAGUGACGCCUUUGAGAAAAGACUUGGACUUGUCAGAGUGUGGGAUUCUUCAUGCCAGCUCAACCCAACCUCCAUCGAUAAGGGGAGUGAAAUUUAAACCCCUCCAGGUCGACGUUGCAAAGGACACUCGAUUCGAUGCGCCCAUGUUGGUUAAUUAUAUACAAAUGCUCAAUGUGGACACUAAUUCAGAGGUUAAAGAUAUUGGGAAACUACGUCCAGAAUCUAUAGAAGACUUCAUGGAUAAUUUCAAAGAUUCCUUGUUUGAUUCGCCACAAGACAGAGAUGGAAGAAGUAACAAGCACGGGAGAAGGAAAGGUAGAGGCGAGGAUGAGAGCUCACGCAAACCACCGCAUGGACAUAGAGAGCCUAGCAAACCACACUCCAAGGCGCCAACAGCAUCCAACGCACGCUCUGCACCCCCAACUGCAUCUGGUUCUAGCUCUGUACCAAAUGGCUCGGAAGCUACAAGUAAAAGACCCAAACUACGUAACCUUGAUGUUCCUGAAAAUACAAGACGGCAAAAGCCAAAGGGGUCGUCUCAUGAUUCAGAUGGAUUAGAGGAUGAUCCAAAUUCCCCAACCAGAGCAAGAGAAGCAGAAAACAGACGGUUGCAAGAUGCUAGGAAUAAUCCACGAAGAGGUGGUCCUCUACCAGUGGACCAACUUCGUGGUACCAAAGAUCGCCACGAGAGAGACAACCCUGCAAGACGAAGAGAAGAAGGGGAAAUACCAUUGGGAUCUUCACGUGCAGAUAUAGAACGAGAUAGGGGAGAUGAUCGGACAGGCAGACCAGGGAUAAGUUUGUUGCCACAUUCACCUACCAAGCGAAAUAUGAAUCAUCGCAAGGAUGGCGACGAUAUCUCAAAAGCUUCUACUACCGGUGUCCCCGUUCCGAUUCCGAUAGGUGAUUCUUCGGAUAGAGGUAAGCAACGGGAUAGGAAUAAUACAGGAGUCCCGCGGGAGAUCGCAUCACGCAAAGAAGACGCUCUUAGAAGAAACGAUAACCUACGAAAAGGCGAUGAUCGAGCUGGAAACUCUCGAUCUCGGCCUCAAUCUCCUGAUAGAGCACUUAACGAUAGAGGACAAGAUUACGGUCCAGAUUGGGAAGAAAAUGACCCCAUUGAUGGAAGACGCGGCCAGAAAGGAAGAGGUGCGCCACAGGAUGCAAGAAAUCUUCCACCUCCAACAGGUCGAAGAGACGAUCCAACCGAUGGAACUUCUAGACGUGGCAUCCCUCCUGAUGAAAUUCGUGGUCGUCCUGGAGAUUUAAGCAAUGGGCGUUCCAUGCCAGGUAUUGACGAUAGAGGACGCCCGUUAGACAGAGCAGGACAUGAUCCCCGUUCACUGUCUACCGAAACAAGUUUACCAGGCAGAUCUCGACCUACCGGACUACCCGGACGUGAUGGAAAAAUGAAUCCUGCCACUGGCGGUAGACCACCUGGAAGAGCACCUGAUCGCAGAUCCAUGUCAAAUUAUCCUCCACAAUCUCGCUCGAAUGGACGGGAUCCCCCUCAAUCUAAUUCAGAUGAUCGUCGACAAAUGCGACCCCCUGGAUAUGGCGCUCCUGAUCGAUCAGAUCCUAGAUCAAAUAAUCGUCGCUCCAUCUCUCCACGCCGUCCUGCACCUCCAGCUGGUCAUUCGAGACCGCCAGGAGGCGGCUCAGGUGGUGCACCGUUUAGAUCUCAACCACCGUCGUCUUCUCGUGGUAGGGGGCCUCCUCCUGGAAGAGGGCCGCCAUCAUCGGGUGGUAGGGGACCAUCUGGUAGAGAUAGUUCUCCUAGGAGAAAUUUGCCACCAUUAAAUGCUCCUGGUUAUAGUUCUCCGGGUGGCGGUCGAUCACCUAUGGGUGGUUCGUCGCCUAUGUCGGGAGGAUCUCCAGGUGGUGGAUACUCUGGGGGUAGAUCACCGGGUGGGGGUCGUUCUCCUAUGGGUAGUCGUUCUCCUAUGGGUAGUCGUUCUCCUAUGGGUAGUCGUUCUCCUGUAGGUGGUCGUUCUCCUAUGGGUGGUCGUUCUCCUGUAGGUGGUCGUUCUCCUAUGGGUGGACACUCUCCUAUGGGUGGUCGUUCUCCUAUGGGCGGCUCAUCGCCAAUGUCGAGAGGACCUCCUGGUGGCAGAUCUCCGGGUCCAUCAUCGCCGAUGUCAGGUGGUGGCUCACCUCGUGGACCUCCAGGUAGUUUGUCGCCGGGCAAUUCAAUAGCAGGUGCUUCACCAGGAAUGUCGCCUGGAGGGUCACCUGGAGGUUCUCCUGAAGGCUCUCCUAUUGAGUCACCAGGCGGCUCAUCAGGGUCUCCUGGAGAAUCACCCGUGGAAUCACCUCCUCAAUCUCCAGGUAGCCGUCCAGAUUCCCCAAUGGGAUCUGCAGCGGAGUCUCCCGUGGGCUCCCAAAUGGGAUCUCCAAUAGGAUCACGUAGAGGUUCUAUGGCAAGUGGAUCUUAUGUUGGUUCGCCUCAAGAGAGAUCUCCGAUGGGAGGCUCUUCAUAUCGCUCGCCAAUGGGCAGCGGACCUCCAAGUCCUGCAAUGUCUGGAAGAUCUCGAUCGCUGAGCCCUCCACCUCGCGGAAGUCUUCAAUCUGGCAGAUAUUCUCCAGGGCCUAGCUCUCCCAGAAGUCCUGGUCCUGGAGCUAGGUCUAGACCCGGUAGUGGAGGUGUCAGAAGGAGAGGCCCAAAAGGAAAGUCUAGAGGGCCUAACAAUGGUGGACAGCCACCUUCGAGUGGAGCUAAUAACGAAGAGCCAUAUAUAGGCGAUGAUGAUGGGUGCGGGUGUUGUGAAAAUGGCUGUGCUGCUUGGUGGAAAAGUGUUGUAGACUGGUGGAAUGGUGUUGGACAAGAAGAAUGGAUUCAAAUGGAAGAUCAGAAAGACAAUGGAAAGCAAAAAUCCGAACCAGAUCAAGGUCCAGAAGAUGAAGAUGCAAAAUCAGUCACCAGCGGUGCAGAUCCUGGUAGUCCUUCAUCGACAAAGGAUCCUUUUGAAGAUGGACAAGAUGAUGAAAGCACUGCGGUUGGUUCAGAUGGGGAAAAUAGUGGUGAUGAUCCUGAUGGUGAAAGCGAGAAUGAAGAUGGCUCUGAUCAAGAAGACCCUGAUGCUGAUACUCGCUCUAAUUCGGAUGCAGAAUCCGAUGAGGGAAGUGAAGAUGAAGAGGGGCCUGAUAAUUCUUCUGCCGCAGGUUCGAGGCGCUCAUCUACAGCAGUAGCAUCUGAGCUUGAUCAUCAAGAUUCUGUUCGCGAAUCUGCUGAUGAUCAUCCUCAACAUCCAACAAACAUUAAUCAUCCUGCAAACGAGAAUUCUUAUUCUGCGAAUAACCAGUACAUGGAAACUCCACAGGAUUCUUACAGCUAUCUUCCCAAUGACGAUCGCGCUUACAUGGGUCAGCACAAUUACGCACCUCAAAAUGGUUACCCAACCAAUCCAAGUGACAUGCCGCCUCAAGAGCUAGAUAGUGCAUACCCAGCCGCCCAUUCCGCCAAAUCCGCUGCAACAGCCUUUCCCUCCAUCCCCGAAGAUGCAGCAGAACUAGCAACAGACAAUAGUGAGCCGCCAAACCCACCACCCUAUGCUCCCAUACCCUCAACACCCCAACAACUCUCACGACCUCGCUCUACUCGCUUCGAACUUGCAUGUGAACGUGAUCCUGUAGAAUUAGAAGUCCCUCCUAUACCGACUACGCGUGGGAAAUCCGAACUUUUUCUUCCGCCAAGUCUGACGCCUGGUGUGGCUACUGCUCCUCACAAUGCCUUUUCGCCAUUCUCAGCGAUGGCUAGUGCUAGAACACCUUCUCCAUCUCAUCAUCCUCCUAUGCCUCAGAUUCAAAGUUCCUGGGCUCCUCCACAACAACGAACACAAUUCCCCCCUUAUCAACCACGGGGUCCACAAGCGAAUUUCGGUCCUUUGCAAUCUCAACCACAGUUACGAUCCGGAAUGAAUUAUGCGCCACAAGUUCCACAAGCUUCGCCUCCUAGUUAUCCAGGUGCUCAGAGAUAUGAUGCAAGAGGUAAUCAAUUUCAUGAGCAAGCUAUGCGUCAACCUUCUCCACAUCAGCAACAGAUGAGGGGUACGCCACCUCCUGUAGUGCCGGCGAGAAGUGGGAUGAGACCGCCUAGUUUCCCGUCGCCACUAAAUUCAGCCAGAGGUGUGGGUGGGACUGGAGUGAGUUAUGGCCAGGAUGGAAGAGAUGCACGAGGAGAGAAUGGUAAGCGAGGAGGUCAAGAUCUGAGAGGUAAAGAUUCGAAAUCCGAAGGCCCAAGAAAUAAAGCUCCACCGUCUAGAGGCCACAGACGAUCCUAUUCAGAAAGUGAUUCAGAAUCCGGAUCAGACUCGGGCUCGGAAUCAGAAGCAGACUCAGCUUCAGAUGGCGAAUCAGGAAGUGAUGAUGAAGAUGGAUAUAAUCAUCAAAGAGGUAUGGAUGGAGAAAGUGAUAGUGAUGAUGACAGCGAUCUUGAUAGUGGAUUCGGAACUUAUGAUGAUGAUUUGGUUGCGAGAGAAGAUGAUAUGCAAUCGAACUUUGGGGGCCCAGGACCUCAAGGUCAAAUCGGGAUGGAUCCUAGAGCGGGGAUGGGAAAUAUGCAAGUUCCCCCUCCUCCUCCGCCUGCAUCUACUCCUGCGCCUGUAGCAGCCCCACCCCAAGCCCAUAUGAAUGCUAGAGGGGUAGCAGAAUUUAACUAUGGUGCACCGAGUCCAAAUUAUGCUUCACAAAAUCCAAACUAUGCAGCGCCAAAUCCCUACAUGGGACAAAAUCAGAUGCAAAUGCACACGCCCCCGGUUCAUAGCCAAUAUCAAAAUAGGCAACCCCAGCUUCCUGGACCAGCACCAGCACCUGCACCUGCAGCGCAUAUGCAAAUGCAUAAUCCAUAUCAAAGACCAGGUGAUAUACCACAUAACCCUCAUAUGCCACCACAAGCUCCGGGACAUAAUCAAUACAUUAGACCGGGUGAUAUGUCCAACAAUCCUUAUGGACGUCCUGAGCAACAACAAGAACAACAGCAACAACAACCGGCGCCUCGCACACCACACCAACCUCAGCCGUCAGCUAACAUACCAGAACAAUCUCGAAGACAUAAGCCUGAGACCCAAAAAUCUCGGCCCCAUAAGGGAGUGGAAGAAAGCCAAAGAGAUGUUCGCGGAGAAAUAAAAUCAAAGGAGAAGAAUCAUCAUGUUGAGAAACCUCACGUGGAGAAAUCACGCAAGAAGGAACAAUUUCCUGUACCUACAAGUCCGCCAGAAUCAGUACAUCCACAGCCCCAUGAUGAAACGGGUCCAAGUCCGUCAGGACAGUCACCCUUUGAGCAGGAAAAUGAGCAAGAGCAAAUGAGAGAAGAGCACGAUAGUGAUAGUGAGAGUGGUAGUGAUGAUGAGUCGGGACCGGAAGAAGAUCCAGAGACUGAUUCCGGUUCUGAUGGUGAAGAAAGUGAUGGGGAGGAAGGAGGAGAGGAAAAUCAUCCAGGUGCAAAUGAAGACGGGGAAAUGGAGAGUGAUGCUGAAAGUUUAGCGCCUCCGUCUCCGUCUCCAGUCCAGGAAAAGAAAGAGAGAAAGCGACGGGGAGAGGGAGAGGGUGAUAAGAGUAGAGGUGGAAGUGGAAAAGAAAGUGGGAAAGGAAAGGAGAGAUCGAGAGGAGGGAAACAAGGUGGAAGGGGUGAGAGGGGUGGAAGAGAUAGAAACGGGAAGGGGAGAGAUAGAAGAGGGAGGGGGAGGGGAAGAGAAGAUGGUGUGGAUGUUGGGGGGAAAUUGAAGAAAACUUGGGAUUUUUUGAAGAAGUUGGAUUAUCAUGAGAAGUGA